ACGUAGAUGCCAGACGACCCAAGAGGCAACCAGGAAAAGAGCAGCUGGUUAGAAAUUCGCUGGUCGUUUUGUCGAGGUACUGUAGAACGAACGAUCUAGACUUGUAAGAAACUCUCACGACCUUCUCUACUUUCCUCGUCUUCACGGUAAGGAAAGCUGACACCAGGAUAGUCUGCAUAGCUAUGUUUUCCAGCAAAAUUGAUCAAAUUAAAGCCAAACUUCUUCUCCUUGUGGGUAAAUUGAUCCGAACUAAAGAUCCAUCUUCAGACUUAUUGGAGCCGGCAUCAGACAACAAACUUAAGAAAUGUUUGACUACAUUGGACCUGAUCUCCCUAGGAGUAGGAAGCUGCGUGGGAACUGGAAUGUAUCUAGUCUCGGGAAUGGUGGCCAGGAAUGUUGCUGGGCCAGGGGUCGUUCUUUCCUUCCUAAUUGCCGCUGUGGCAUCUCUCUUCUCAGGUGUCUGUUACGCUGAAUUUGGUGUUCGAGUCCCUCAUACCACCGGGUCUGCCUACAUGUACAGCUACGUCACCGUUGGAGAAUUUAUUGCUUUCGUCAUUGGUUGGAAUAUGAUAUCAGAAUAUAUGAUUGGAACAGCUGCUGGUGCAUGCGCAAUUAGUGCAUGUAUAGACGCUAUGAGUGGUGGUUGUAUUAGCGAAGCUGUACGAAAUAAUUUAGGCACAAUUAUAGAUCACACUCCAGACAUAGUGGCAGCGUUCUUAACUAUUUUGAUGACAAUGCUCCUAGUGGCAGGUGUUAAAAAAUCUCUUUUGUUUAAUAAUAUCUUGAACACCUUGAAUCUAGCAGUAUGGGUGUUCAUUAUGGGAGCAGGGCUGUUCUACGUCGACAUAAAUAACUGGGCCAGUCACGGUGGUUUUCUACCAUACGGCUGGUCAGGGGUGUUAUCCGGAGCGGCUACUUGUUUCUACGCGUUCAUUGGAUUCGACAUCAUUGCAACCACAGGAGAAGAGGCUAAAAACCCCAAACGGUCAAUUCCUAUGGCUAUCAUCAUCAGUUUAAUUAUCGUGCUGACAGCUUAUAUAACAUCCAGCAUGAUAAUUACCCUCGUUGUUCCUUACGACCAAAUCAACCCUGAAUCAGCCCUCAUCGAAAUAUUUCAACAGAAGGGAGCCCAAAAGGCUAAGUUCAUCGUAGCCAUUGGGGCGCUUGCUGGGUUGAUAGUGAGCAUGUUCGGUUCCAUGUUUCCCAUGCCUCGGGUAGUAUAUGCCAUGGCUAAAGAUGGACUUAUAUUUAGGUCACUUUCGCGUGUGUGGCCUUACACAGGAACACCGGUGGUUGCAACGUGUGUUCUAGGUGGCGCCACUGCAGUUGUAGCUUUUCUUAUGAGCUUGAACGUGCUUGUGGAAAUGAUGUCAAUCGGGACCUUGAUGGCUUACACUCUUGUGUCCACUUGUGUGCUGAUUCUCCGGUACCAACCCCACAAUACUACCCUGGUGGAGCUUCUCCCAGAGUCUAUCAGGUCCGCUUGCCCCACCCCCUCAAAGGAGGUAGCGACACCUAUUGACGACUCGAGAACUACUAUUCACACCAAGCGAACCAAUCGAAUAGAAUCUUCCGACAGUGAAGACUCCCCUGCACUAAACGACUUAAACCACUUGAACCAAAUUCAGAAGUCUCAGAGGCCUGAAGAUCUCGAUUUGUUAGUGCCAAAUGGUAGUGUCGGAAAUUCUGUUUAUGGAACAGUCGAUCACAACUCCUUCACAAGGUCCAAAAUUUCUGGUCUAUUCCUGAAAAUCCUAGAUAAAGUCAUGACUCGGCUAUUUCCUUAUGAAUGGACCGUUUCUAAACCCGCCACAGAAUGUUCUGGACAGUUUGUGACGAAGAUUGUUGGAGUGUUGUAUCUUCUAAUAAUCACCUUUGAUUUGCUUAUUGUCUGUGCAAUGCCUGCCUUGGAAAGCGGAGACAUUACCACGCUGUUGUUAUUUUCUUUGUGCGUUUUGGGGAUUAUUAUUUGUCUGAUUGUCAUUGGCUCUCAACCUCAAACGAAGUGUGACCUCAAGUUUAAAACUCCCGGAGUGCCACUUGUUCCAACCAUUGCUAUCAUAGUCAAUAUCUAUUUGAUAUUAAAGUUAUCUAUCCUCACGCUUAUCCGGUUUACCAUCUGGAUGAUAUUAGGUCUUCUGAUGUACUUUCUCUACGGAAUUAAGAACAGUUCUCUGGAUUUUCUUCCUCAACCUGUCAUAGAGAUGAAAAUGCCUGAAAGUAAAAGACAAAAAGCUCUGGAACAUUUUCAAGAAGACUUCAGCACAGCAAAGAUCAUAGACAACACGAAUAACGUUUCGAGGAGCUACUUAUCGUUGCCGCUAGAUGGCACUGUGCGAGAAGUGCCCAUGAACCAUCAAUCAAGCGGCAAAAACGGCAAUAAUGAAAACUCAACUGACGCCAAAUGGGAAUCUUUUGACUAAAAAUUGUAUGAAAAUAAAAUCAAAACAUUUUAAGUUUAUUACGGUUCUUGAAGUUAUAUUAAUAUUCCUAUUUUUGAAGGAAACUUGAUAUUGUGUGUAAGUCUUUCAACUUGUCUUAUUUGAUGAAAAAAUUAUAUUUCCUUUCAAACUGUAAUUAAAACAUUGGCUUAAUGAGAAAGCUGAUUUACGGUGUAUAAAUAUAUAUAUCCAUGUGUUAAUCUGAAUUUCCUUAUAACCCUCUGAAUUAACUUUAAAUUGUUUUCGUUUCGUAUUCUUACAAGAUUGGGAAAUAUUUUUGAAAAUAUUAGCACCAUCUGCUGGUUUGUAUUGAAAACAAUAAUUUUAUUUUAUAACAAUUGUGUGCUAGAUUGACCUAGAUCACGAAAUCAAUCUGGGCCUUAUCUUAGUUUCUGGUUUCGAUCGUGCAAAGGUUUAUCUCAACGAUAUAUUAAUCUAAUUAUUUAUAUAUAUGUCGUAUAUUUGUGAGCUUGUGACCUUACACUGUUACAUUAUGUAAUUUUCGAGCAGUGACAACAUUAUUAUUUGUAUACCUACUAAGCAAUAAUAUGCGACUUUUCUUUAACUAGCUGACCUCUUAAUUGUGUUACUUUUGUGUGAAGGCAAAUCGUAGAGCUAUUGAAUGAACAGAGCAACGAACAAACAUACACCAAGCAUUUCUAGUUACGCGCUAACUGAAUUAAUAGGAAUUAUUACUAAAGUAUUGUAAUGAGUUAGUAGUUAGUAGCCACAGAGAAAGUUAAUCUUACACUGAUGAAUUUAAAAAAGAAUCCCAGUGCAUAGAAGGGCAAAACAAGUUAUUAGUUUUAAAUCAAAAUAUGUUUAUUUAACUAAACGUUUGAAAUCCAGAACAGCUGGACAAUGUUUGACUUGUCAGUGGUACCCUGGAUAACUUUUUUUUUGGUUUUAUAGCUUUCAAGUAAAAAGACCAAAACACAGCCGCCACCUGGCGUGAUUUUAGGAACUUCAACAAACGUAAAAACAUAUAAAAUUAUUACUGAAAAUAAAACUUUGCCAUCCCUAUUCAUUCUUUCUCCAAAAAAUAAUGAUUUUCGCGCCCUAUUAUUUAUGACAAUUUUCGAACGUUAUCAUAUUUUCACGCACAAUAUUAAUGAAUUGAACUUUACAACAUUACGCAAUGGCUGGUAAGAGAUGCUAUGCUCGUUAUAAAAGCAAUACAAGUUUUCAUUAAUGUUAUUUCUCUAUUGAAUCGAUGUUUUCUUGUACAUAUUUAAAUUGGCACUUUAAUAUUGAAUAUUUUUUCAUGUAAGUUUACGCUGAAAGUAUUGGAGUGCUCUGCUUUUCAAAAUAGUGACGUUUAUCAAUGCUUAUUAACCUUUAUCAACUAACGCUUCUUGUAUUAUUCUAACGUUUUGUCAUCACUUUUAUUGUGUGUAGUAAUGUUAACGCUUCUCGUUCUCCAGAAAAUGUGAAAUUACAUAUCCCGAUCUGUUUUUCUUAAAAGUGCCUAUGUGUCCAAAGUUUAGAAAUUGUUUUUGCUGUUGUUUUCAGUUUUAGUGUUUCGCAGAUUUCUUCUGGUGUCUUAGAUUGGUCAAAAACCACAAAUAAAGAUGGUUUGUAAAUCAACGAUGAAAUUCUUAUUACUCUUUUGCAAAAUAUAUCAGCAA